AUUGGCCAGGAAUAUUUCCCAAAGCUGAGAACUCCCAAGAAGCCUCGUCAUUUGCCAUGCUUUCGGUGACACCAUGUGCGAUUCUGCAGUACCCUUCCCCGGAGGAAUUGCUCGACAUGACGAAGUGACUAGCUUGGUUAACGGUCAACGCCUGCCGGUGAAUGCAGAUGACCCAAGUGUUUUGGGAAGGGAUUCCGGUUUUUCUUCUUCUUCGGAAAACCAUUUCUCUCCCUAGCGUGGAACCCGUUCUGGAUCUGUAUUGCUAUCACGCAGCCUCGGUUGAUCUGGGGUCACAUCAGGCUCAUAAAUUAUUUUAUUCACCGCUGAAACGUUAAGGUAUAGUUGGAAUCGCCUUCGAAAGGCGAAUCAGACCAACGGCAAAACCCAGCCGGCCGUGCGCAACUUGGGGUUGCACUUGCAUCAGGUUGCAUAAAAUAGACUCCGGCAAACUUGCUCUGUCACUCUUUGAACCUCCGUGCAUGGCGGGAUGAUGGCGGACUAUCAGCCUGGAUGACGAUCCUACAGUCGGCUAGAGCAUCAUGCAAUACUUCGUGCAGCAGGUCUGCCAUCGGCAAGCAGAGGAUCAAUCAAAGGAUAGAUCUCAGGGUGGAAUUGACUUUGAGAGACGCCGAGUUGCUUCGGAUGAACGAGCGCUAACAAUCGGCAGCAGGUUCGAAAUCACGUGAACUUGAAGAUGGCCCAAUUGUGGGCAAUCUUUCUUGAGCCUUGAAGCAUGGUCAAGGAGCACUGCGCAGAUAUGAGCCAAAUGAUAGGAGCCCGCAUUGUCAGUUCAUGCGGAUCUUUCAGAAAUUCUUGGGGAAUUCGGUCGAUAGUAGUGGUAGUAAACUUACCCGCCAAUUCCGAUCCCCAUCACUUACUUCCCCACAAUAUACCCCUAUAGCUUUUGGCCUUGUCUGACCCUCAGGACAUUCCCUACUCCCUCCGUACCCCAAGGUCCCAACAUAGUAUUACCUUGUUUCCUAGGACAUCUCCACUAUUUCCUGGGGUAUAGGUUCUGCAUUUAUGCAGCAGUUUACCACCGCUGGCUGCUUCAUGGCGUUUCAUAUGGCCGAACAUUGGCACGGAAAACGGCGGCCCAAGAAUUGUUAACCCUCUCGAUAUGCCAUCCGGCAUACCGUUGUUUCAUGAGGCAAAUGCUUAUUUCAUUGUUUUAUGCUGACCCCCUGAGCAAGUGGAUAAUUGUAUCAAAGCCUAAGUGACUUCUCCAAUUUCGGACUCUUGUGUGGGAAACUUGAUAGGGGAAUUAUUUGCCUCGCUCCCAGUAUCUGGACCGCGCAAACAAACAUGCCCUACAUUGUUUUCAGGCUUCCACGCGUGUCAUGAGCCAGAGUCAUUUUGACAUCUGCAUUGCGAUUAGAGAGAGGCGCACUUUUUUAUUUGGUGCGUGUAAGAUCUGCUGAUAGAUAGUUUUGCCUCAGACGGUGCAGGUGUGUCUCCUACUGAUGCAGGCCCCAUCUGGUUGCUGCUACCGCUAUCUAUAGCUGCACAUUUACCUCAGCCAGCAAACGAAAGCUAUAUCAUAUGCAGGCAUCAUUCCAUAUCACUACUGAUAUAUUGGGUGGAGGCCAGGGCCAUACAACACCACCAUGCUCUUCUCGUCAUCUAGGAUGUUGAGCCCACUGCAUCGGUUACUUCUGCUUUUAGCAGUUGGCCGGUCAAGAGAUCUGCCCUAAGGAUUUGUCCGGGGCUUCACGAUGUCACCUUCUCCUCAGAGCGAUAUAUCACAUCCUGGGUAAAGGCGGGCUUGACCACAAAAGGGAGGAAAGAAGUGAGGGUGCUGCUUGCCUGAAACCGAAAAUAGCCUUGAACAGUAAGUACACUCACUGGUUUUCUAUAUCUUCAGCUCUUUCCCUUUCCAUUGUCAGUCGAGUUUUUUCUUUCCUCGCCCACCAUCACCUUUCCGCCUUUUCAUUUGGCUUCACUUAUAUUUUACAGAGCUCCUUUGUCAACUGUCUCGUCCGCACUUAGCCAGCCCUGUGUCCACCUGUGCCUACAUUAUGCGGUCACCACAGAGCAUUUUAGCCAUUGUUGCCUUCGCUACUACUGCCAUUGCCGGUGUCGUUCCGUCCACCGAAAAACGCGCUGAUGAUAUUCCUGAGUUAGACGUGAAAUUGACACAGGUCGAGGGUACCUUGGUCAAGGCUGUUGUCACGAACAAUGGAGACGAGGACCUUAACAUCCUGAACUUGAACUUUUUCAAGGACACCGCUCCAGUCAAAAAAGUAUCCGUGUAUAGCCAAGGCGCCGAGGUCCCGUUCGCAGGUGUCCGGCUUCGUCACAAAACAAGUGGCCUUUCGCCUGAGGUCUUCACAUAUCUUGGCCCAGGAGAAUCAUUCGAGGACGAAUUUGAUGUGGCAUUUACAGCCGAUCUUUCCCAAGGUGGUCGCAUCGUUGUAAAAGCGGAGGGAUUUGCCUCUACCACCGAUACGGAUGGUGAUACUCUUUCCGGAGUGGUUCACUACAAAUCAAAUGAGCUCGAGAUUGAUGUCGAUGGCAAAGCCGCCGCGAAGAACUUCGCUUCCUUGAACCAGUUCUCCAAGCGUACCCGGCUUACCGGCUGCACUGGGUCUAGGGGAAGUGCCGCCACUCGAGCGAUUCGGGAUUCUGCACCUCUGGCGGCCAUGGCAGCAGGCGCUGCACGGAAUGGUGGCCGAGCAUUCACGCAGUACUUCAAAACUAAUGAUCAGCAAGUGCGCAAUCUGGUAGCGGCACGUUUCGAUGCCGUGGCCCGGGAGGCAUCUAGCACGACUAGUGGACGAACAACCUAUUACUGUGAUGACCCAUAUGGCAUCUGUUCACCCAACGUCUUGGCCUAUGCUCUCCCUUCCCGAAACAUUAUCUCAAACUGCCCCGCCUACUACUCUCUCAGCCAUCUGACCUGGCGCUGCCACGGCCAGGAUCGAGUUACCACAAGCAUCCACGAAUUCACUCAUACUCCAGGCGUCUUCAGUCCUGGAACCGAUGAUCUUGCUUACGGUCACCAGGCAGCCACAUCUCUUUCCACCUGGGAAGCAUUGAAUAACGCUGACAGCUUCUCCCUAUUUGCAAACGCUGUCUACCUGGGUUGCUAGACGAGAUGCGAUAUGUUCGACCCGAACUCUUUCCUCCCCCCCCCCUCCCCCCCUUUUUUUUUUUUUUUUUCUUCUUUUUGAUUGGGGGUGGAUUAGAACGGGCGGAUGUUGCUGAGACGUGAAUGCUAACCCGAUCAUGGAAGAGAUCCCCUGCUUACAUAUCAACUACAGAAAACGUAGGUGGAAUUUAUAUAGCUUUCUAUUAUCAUUGUUGUUAUUGUUAUUUUUUACUAUUAUUUUCUGACUACUGCACCAUAUUUAUCUUCCGUUACCUACCUGAUAUAUAUAUCACCAAAAAGCUCAAUUUCAGAGGGCAUUGCUUCAGGAGAAUAUUUGGAGCAGGUCAUAUUCUAUGUUGUCAGUGUUCCAGAUUGUUCAUAAAGAAACCAUAAGCU